GAACACAAAUGGAUGGAAGGUGACAUCCAAGCAGAGCUUUCUACUGUUUCUUUGAAUUUUGUAAGACUGUACUGGUUUGGAUUUCCUUUCAGCAAACUCUCCCUGAAAUGAACGUAAAGCGUGUCUGCAUGUAACUGAGGCCUUUGAAGAAAAAGAACUUCAUUUUCCCAAAACCUGCCCUCACAGUAAUGGUAUCAACUCAGGUCAAUUUCUGCACUUGGUACCAGCAGUUGUUAGAUGACAUCAAGGCGACUGAUCUUCACCUCAGCCAUGUCCACAUGGAAAACGAGGACUUGAAGCUGAAGCUUGAGGCCUCCAGAGAAGCAGGGGCUAUAAGCUUAAGAGGAGCAACCAGGUGGCUGUUUGAUGUUUACCAGACUCAGCUGGACGAAACCAGAAGAAAAUAUGGCCAGGAAAAGCAGGCUCUUCAGCAAAACGUGGAAGACUGGCAGCAGAAUCUGGCAACCUGCAUGACCAACAUUGAUGGCAGCAUAAUUGCCCUCCAGGAAAAGGAAUACAGAGUCCUGGAAAAGGAAAAGCUGAUUGAAAGAAUGAAAAAAGAAAAGAAAGUUUUGAUGGAGAGGAAGGAGAUGGUUGAAAAAAAUAUCCUUUGGAAACUUUCUCAGAGACACUGCAGCCCAAUUAUUGACAAAAGUUUAAUGUCAAGCCAACGGGAGCGAUCCACAUUACGAGACCAAAUUAUUCACUUAGACCACGUGAUUCUGGAUCAGGACAAGAUCAUGAGAGGUUACAUUUUUCAGAUUGACAGACUAAAGAAGGAGCUUCUGUUUCAAGAUGAGAGUAUAGCCAAUCUUCACGAAAGACUGCACUCACUGGAAGCGCAGAAUAAAGAACUGAAAUACCUGGUGAAUUUUUGGUCCAGCCAUUGUUCCAAGAAGAUAUCAAGAGCCACGAACACCAACCCAACACCACGGCUGCCGCACUAUCCUCUGCUGGACUUGGUAAAACUUCCAGCACCGAACAGAUAAUGAGGGCGAUGGGAGGAAUUUUGGAACAAGGACUGCGUGUGUCAAUGAAAUACUUCAUCGUCGUUCACUUUUCAGUGAGCUUUGAGGAGAUGGUGGCUGCAUCUGAGCUCAAAUGAGACCUUCAGGAACCACAGUAUUAGAGAGAUUUCAGGUCAAUUGUUGUCAUAUGUAGUGUGGUCUAAUGGCCAGGGUGUUGGACUUUAACCCAUUGCACUGCCCCUUCAUAUAAAAUGUGGCCCAGUGCAAAUGAUUUCAUUGGUCUGUAAUCUAUUUGGAAAACAAGGCUGGAAAUCACUGUACUAUAACUGUGAACUUGCAGAACACCCUGGUGUGGUGGACAUUGGUGUUCCACAGCUCAUGAUAGGCCCAGCCACACGAUAUGGCCUGCCAGCUUUGACAGCAGUGCCCACCCCCAUGUCAAGUGAUCCUUAACUUUGGCACGGCUGGAGGGUCAUGCUGCUACUGUACUUGAAAGCUCCAGGAAUUAGGGGUCAAAUCCUAGCUGUGGUGGAGUACACGUUCUCCGCAGUCCGUGAGGAUCUACACUUUCAGGGGGUCUCCUGCUAUUUAGGUUUGUUCUGAUUGAUCAGUGGGACUCUCGCUGUCUGGUCAGCUUUACUUCUGUCACUUGCAAGUUUAGUUUGUUUUUUUAUUUUGUUUGUAGUAUUCAUUUUCUUGUGUAUAUUUCUAAUCUUGUUUGCUCUAUAAUGUACUGUAUAAAAAAUAAAGCUUGGUAGUCAAGUAGAGCACAAAUUAAACUCCUGAUGAAGUGAUAAUUUUGAUUUCAUUUGGGGAUUCAUCUAACAAACUGAAAUCCAAAGACGGCUGCUGGUGAAAU